GAAACCCGUCUAGCAUCUUGGCUCUCCUGCUUGAACGGUCUUCCUAAUGGGGGCUGUGGCAGCCUGGGUGGCCAAGCCGAUGACCAGAGGUAUAAUCAGAAAAGCAAGGGUAGAAUCUGAGCCCACCUAAGCAUUAUCCCUUUCUGGUGGGCUUUCUGCCCUUAGCUUGGCCCAAGCCAGCCUAGGGUCUCCCAGAGGCAGCCCCGAUAUUGUGAGCAGAGGGGAAGGGUACAGCUGAGCCAGGCCUUUCUGCCCACAGCUCAGGGCCCGGCCAUGCCGUUUGGGUGUGUGACUCUGGGUGACAAGAAGAACUACAAUCAGCCAUCGGAGGUGACCGACAGAUAUGAUUUGGGACAGGUCGUCAAGACCGAGGAGUUCUGUGAGAUCUUCCGGGCCAAGGACAAGACGACAGGCAAGAUGCACACAUGCAAGAAGUUCCAGAAGCGAGAUGGCCGUAAAGUGCGGAAGGCGGCCAAGAACGAGAUAGGCAUCCUCAAGAUGGUGAAGCACCCCAACAUCCUGCAGCUGGUGGAUGUGUUUGUGACCCGCAAGGAGUACUUCAUAUUCUUGGAGCUGGCCACGGGCAGGGAGGUGUUUGACUGGAUCCUGGACCAGGGCUACUACUCAGAGCGAGACACAAGCAACGUGGUGCGGCAGGUCCUGGAGGCAGUGGCCUAUCUGCACUCACUCAAGAUCGUACACAGGAACCUCAAGCUGGAGAACCUGGUUUACUAUAACCGGCUGAAGAACUCAAAGAUCGUCAUCAGCGACUUCCACCUGGCCAAGCUGGAGAACGGCCUCAUCAAAGACCCUUGUGGGACCCCCGAGUACCUGGCCCCCGAGGUGGUAGGCCGGCAGCGGUAUGGACGCCCUGUAGACUGCUGGGCCAUUGGCGUUAUCAUGUACAUCCUGCUUUCAGGGAACCCACCCUUCUACGAGGAGGUCGAGGAAGAUGACUACGAGAACCAUGACAAGAAUCUCUUCCGAAAGAUCCUGGCUGGAGACUAUGAGUUUGACUCUCCGUACUGGGAUGACAUUUCACAGGCCGCCAAAGACCUGGUUACCCGGCUGAUGGAGGUGGAGCAGGACCAGCGGAUCACUGCGGAGGAGGCCAUCUCCCAUGAGUGGAUUUCUGGCAACGCUGCUUCGGACAAGAACAUUAAGGAUGGUGUCUGUGCCCAGAUUGAGAAGAAUUUCGCCAGGGCCAAGUGGAAGAAGGCUGUCCGAGUGACCACGCUCAUGAAACGGCUCCGGGCGCCGGAGCAGUCCAGCGCUGCUGCUGCCCAGCCUGCCCCAGCCACAGAUACUGCUACCCCGGGAGCUGCCGGUGGGACCACGGGUGCGGCCGCCAGCGGGGCCGCCCCAACCCCACCCACCGAGGGUGACCCUGGUCUUGCUGCAAAGAAUGAGAGUGUGGCCUCGGCUGACCGUAGUGCCACCCCGGCUACCGAUGGCAGUGCCACCCCAGCCACUGACGGGAGCAUGACCCCGGCUACCGACGGGAGCACCACUCCGGCCACUGACGGGAGUGUCACCCCGGCCACCGACAGGAGCAUCACCCCGGCCACCGACGGGAGAGCCACACCAGCCACAGAAGAGGGCCCCGUGCCUGCCACUGAAAGCAGCACCACAUUGGCCCCCAUGUCACCUGUCACCCCUGAGCCGGCUCUGGCCCAGCCGGACAGCACAGUCCCAGAGGGUGCCACAGGCCAGGCGCUCUCCUCUAGUAAAGGCGGGGAGACUGCUGGCUGUGUCCAGGAGUCUCAGAGGAAGGAGGCCAGCUGAGGGGGCAGGCUGGUGUUGAGAGGGUGGGGAAGUGACAGGAGGUGGGGGGGAAAGUGGAUGGGGCUUCUCACUGUAUAUAGUCGCUGGCGUAAUGCCCUCCUGGCCCCCACCCCCCAGGGUGGGGCACAGCUGGCAGCCAUGAGAAAGUUGUCUCUCUCCCAUGUGUAUGUGUGUGAGUGAUGGGCAGGCCAGAGGCAGGGCCGGCCCCAGCCCCUGCAUGGAUUCUUUGUGGCUUUUCCGUCUUUUGCUAGCUUCAGUUUCUUGUUCCUUGUGGGAUGCUGCUCCAGAGAUACUCAGGAGCUCCCUGCUCCCCUUUCCCAUCCCUUCUUGCCUCAUGAUUCCCUCAGUCAGGCCCUGUGGGCCCCCGUCCUCCCCAAUACCCCAGUACAGGGGCACUUGCCCUGAGGGUUCACCCUCUGUCGAGGCCCUGUCUGCAGGGUUAGGUUCUCUCUGGGAGUGGACACAGGCUGAAAUGAAGGAUGCAGAAAACUAGGGCAGUGUUCUUUCAGAGAAGAUGGGUGGCAGGGGGCCUGCGGGGACCCUCAGAAGUGGGAAACAGUGAGUAGGAGGGUAGAAGUGUCCAUCUUUGGCCUUGGAAGGCCAUUCCAAGAUCCCCGUGUCAUUUCCUGGGUCCUGCAAUGGGCUGCCCUGGACCCCCAAGCCCCAUAAGCCUGGAAAGGAAAGGAGCAGUAAGGAUAUGGCAAAGUGUGCAGGCCCCGCACCCAGGUCCUCAGCCCAGUGGGGUCUUUUCCCUGGGUCAAGUGGAGGACUGAGCGGCCCCUGCUCUCCCUAAAUGCUUUCCUCCUCACCCUCAGCCCCUACGUCCUCUCCAUCUGAGCGUGGCUGCCUCAUGGCAGAGCCCCAUAGACUAUGAUUGUGGGGUUUGCCCUUUACCCUGGUGUAUUUUCUGCCUUCCCAUUCCAACAGAAGAGUGGAACCCUUCCCACCCACCCUUUCUUACAGCCCACCUCCCCUUCCCUCGGGGCUUUGAGGGAGGCCCAGGACCCUCUAAGCGAUGAGUUGCUUUUGUUGGGAUGGAGAAGUAGAACAAGCCCACCCCGCCCCUAGUUCCCUGAUGGAUCUUUCUGGCAGGUACCCUUUGUCAGACCCCACUACAGUCUGGGCAGGCCGCCAUACCAAUCCCAGCCCCCACUCGGCACUCUGUGGUGGUCCUGCCCUUCUCCCUGCAUGCCUGUGGGUCUGCUCUGGUGUGCGUGCGUGCGUGUAUGUGAGUGCGCAUGUGUGCGCGUGUACGUAUGAGAAGGCCAGUGGGUUAACUAUGCCUGCUGAACCUGGCAAAUAAACGUCACCCUGUGAAAGUC